CCCCACUAUUGGAUGUCUGUUUGGAGCAUCAACCUGCACGUCAGACGUCGAAUUAUACGUGCCCUCACUCUCAUAACCUCUGUAUCUUCAACGCAUCCAACACUCCAAACUCAAACCUCAAACCCAUGCUCCGCACCAUAACCGUCAUGUCAACAAUCCCAUCCACCACCACCGCUUCAGCAGCAUCCGCCAUGUCCGCAAUAUCAACCUCGACCUCCACCACCACAACCCCAACAACAACCCCCCAAACCCCCCCCCUAACCCUCAUAGUAGCCACAACCCCCUCCCUCGGCAUCGGCCUGCGCGGCGCCCUCCCCUGGCCGCCGCUCCGGCCCGACAUGGCCUUUUUCGCGCGCGUCACGAGGCGGGUGCCUGUGUCUGCUCAUACCAACAACAAUACCAAGAGUAACAAUGAUGUGGGUGGGGUGGAUGGUGCGAGUGGCGGUACGGGAGAAGGAGGGGUUACGGGAGGAGGGGGAAAAGAAGGAAGCAUCCAAAACGCAGUCAUCAUGGGCCGCAAGACGUGGGAUAGCAUCCCGCCCCGGUUCCGCCCGUUGAAGGGGAGGGUUAAUGUUGUUGUUACGCGGGGGGGUGGGAGUGGUGUUACUUCCUCUGCCUCUACCAAGCCUGAUGUACAAGACGAAGACGCAAAAGCCGCCGAAAAAGUCCACACAGCCCCAAGCCUGCCCUCCGCCCUCGCCCUCUUGCAGCGGCUCUAUCCGCAGUUCCGACUCCCUGCCCCUUUAAACUCCGCAAACACAACCAUAGACACCCCAAAUACCCCUUCUAACGCCCCAAACACCACAGACACAACGGAAAACACAACCACAACCACAACCACCCCAAACCACCCCCAGGCCAGAAUCUACAUCAUCGGCGGCGCAAGCAUCUACGCCGAAGCGCUCAAGCUGCCCCAGACGACGCGUGUGCUGCAGACGCGCGUGCUGCGGGAGUUUGACGUUGAUGUUUGGUUUCCUGGUAUUCUGCGUGGGGGUGGUGAUGGUGCGGGGGGUAAAGAGGGUGAGAAAGAGGGGGAGAAAGAGGGAUAUAAGGGGGAUAACAGGGGUGAGGGGGGUGAGAAAGAAGGGGACAAGGACACCUGGGUGCGCAAAAGCGUCGCGGAGCUGGAGGAAUACAUCGGCGAGGAAGUGGGGGAUGGCAAGGGUGUGUGGGAGGGCGUUGGGGCGUGGGAUUUGGGAGGGUUAGCAGGGUGGGAUUUUAUCUUUGAUACUCAGUGA